AUGGAGAAGCAAUCAGAGACCAUUGUUGAAGAGAGGGAAGAGUUCAUGGUUUCACCAACUGGUGGAUACCCUACAAGAAGAAAAGCCCACUUUCUCAAUCCAACUGCCACCUCAAAUAUUGGAAAAGUUUCUGAGCUUCCUAUGGAUUGUUUCUCCCCCAAGCCCCUUACUUGUGACUUCAAAGACUUGUCUGAAAAAGUGUUGUUCAAAGGCUGGAAACAUCCAACAGAGAAAUGGAAAAGAUGGGUUCGAAACAUGCAUCCCAAGCACCAAGUUUUGUGGAAGCAGGUUGGUAUUUAUGAGGCAGUCAUGAGUUCCAUGUAUGAUAUGAAACAACACAAAGAACUUGUUCUUGGUAUUGCUGAAAAAUGGUCUCUUGAUACUAGUACUUUUAUCUUUCCUUGGGGUGAAGCAACAAUAACCUUGGAAGAUGUGAUGGUCUGUGGGGGUUAUUCUGUUCUUGGUGCAUCUGUUUUAAGCACUCUAAAGACUAAACAACUGGUUGAACUUGAAGAAAAACUAAUUGAAGGGCGCAAAGAGGCUGCAAGAUGGAGUUCCUUGGUUGCCACGCAUAAUGCAUGGAUGGACUAUUUCAUGGGAACUGGACAUGACCUUGAGCAUGAAGCCUUCCUUUCCUUGUGGUUAUCCAACUUUGUUCUUGUGAAAUCUACUUCAUUUAAAUAUAUAGGAAAGCAUGUUUUUCCUAUUGCAAUUCAUUUGGCUAGAGGUACCCAGGUUGCUCUUGCACCAGCAGUGUUAUCUAGCAUAUAUAGGGACUUGAGUCUACUUAAAGAUUGGUUCUUUGGCUCAAAUGUGGUGCAAACUAAUGAGUUGGCUAAUCUUUAUGCUCCAUUUCAGUUAGUGCAGGUUUGGAUUUGGGAAAGAUUUCCAAGAUUGAGGCCAAUGGCUAAUUCAAUCUCGCAUGGUGAGCCAAGGUUAGCAAGAUGGCAUAGGCUUAAGGUGAAUGUUGAUGAUAUGAAGUUGGCCAUAGACUCCGCAGGAAAAAGUUUUCAAUGGCGGCCUUAUGCUAUAGCAGUUAAUGGUUGGUCUUUGCCAAAGUUUUAUGGUGAUAAAGAACAGUACAUAUUAAUUGAUUCUCGUUUGAACGAAGAGAUUCAAUCCUUUGCUAGAUGUUUGAGGGUAAGUGAGCUUGUUGGAGUAGAAAGCAUAGAGCAGUACCUCCCACAUCGGGUUGCAAUGCAGUUUGGAAUGGAUCAAGAUAUUCCAGGAUGCGUUGCCAGAUGCAAUGGAAAUCCUGAAAUAGCUUGGAGGAAUUACAGCAGGCCAAUUCAAGAUGCAGUGUUAUAUAUACCAGGACGGUUUUUUGAGUCAGAUGUUACCACACAGUACUCAGAUUGGUGGAAGCAAUCAAUGCUGGCUCAUUGUGAUGCUAUCAGGCCAUUUGUUAGGAGGCCUAGGAGUUCAAGAAAUUUACAGCAUGUUUCAGUAAGGAGAAAAGAGUGCCACAUUCACUUCUCUCCUGAUGAUCAUUUGAAAUAUGGAGGAGUUAGCGGAGGGAAUUCUACCAAGGAAAAUGAAGCAGGGGAUUUGGUUCAGGAGGAGGACAUGGAAGAUCAAUUAACAAUAAGGGAAUUGUUGACAAGUGCUAAGCAUAACAGCGAAGAAAUUGUAAUGGCUGGUGAGAGUGAUUCUCCCUUGUGUGCUCAAAGUCCAUUAUCUUCAACUAAAAAAAUUGAAACACUUGCAAAGAUGGAAGCAAAUAUGAAACUAAGUGAAGUUAAGCUUCGUUUCACACUGGCUGUUGAUGUCCCGCCUUUAUCAGUUGGUGAAAUUCAAAAUGUGCCAACUUUCAUUGCAGAAAAAGAAGAAGUUAAAAAGAUCAAAUCAGAAGUGAAACAGGAUGCAGAGGUAACAAGGAAUGAAAGGUCAGUAGGAAAAUCAAAAGGAGUGAUGGCAGAUGAUGUCAAGAUCAAACCAGGUCUCAAAGAUGGAGGAGAAGGCAGUAACACUCGUGACCUCUCAACACUAGGACUUGAGCUUGAAGCUCGGAUUUCCAGGCUUGAAAAACUGUUGGCUGAGCUGAAGGAAAAAAGAUUUCGCAACAAAUUGGAGAAUCAUUUUAGAUGGGGUUCAUCUGAACCAUAG